AUGGCCGCUAAGUCAGACGGGAGGCUGAAAAUGAAGAAGAGCAGCGACGUGGCGUUCACCCCGCUGCAGAACUCGGACCACUCGGGCUCGGUGCAGGGAUUGGCUCCGGGCUUGCCGUCGGGGUCGGGAGCCGAGGACGAGGAGGCGGCCGGGGGCGGCUGCUGCCCGGACGGCGGCGGCUGCUCGCGCUGCUGCUGCUGCUGCGCCGGGAGCGGCGGCUCGGGCGGCGGCUCCGGGGGCUUGGGCGGCCCGGGCGGCGGCGUUGGCGGCCCGGGCGGCAGCGGGGCGGGCUCGGCGGCGCUGUGCCUGCGCCUGGGCAGGGAGCAGCGGCGCUACUCGCUGUGGGACUGCCUCUGGAUCCUGGCCGCCGUGGCCGUGUACUUCGCGGACGUGGGCACGGACAUCUGGCUCGCCGUGGACUACUACUUGCGCGGCCAGCGCUGGUGGUUCGGGCUCACGCUCUUCUUCGUGGUGCUCGGCUCGCUCUCGGUGCAAGUGUUCAGCUUCCGCUGGUUUGUUCACGAUUUCAGCACCGAGGACAGCGCCACGACCACAGCCGCCUCCAGCUGCCCGCAGCCUGGAACCGAUUGCAAGACGGUGGCCAGCAGUGGGUCUGCAGCCGCGGAAGGCGAGGCUCGUCCUUCCACGCCGCAAAGGCAAGCAUCCAACGCCAGUAAGAGCAACAUCGCCGCCACCAACAGCGGCAGCAACAGUAGUGGGGCCACCCGGGCCAGCGGCAAACACAGGUCUGCGUCCUGCUCCUUCUGCAUCUGGCUCCUGCAGUCACUCAUCCACAUCUUGCAGCUCGGGCAAAUCUGGAGAUAUUUCCACACAAUCUACUUAGGUAUUCGAAGUCGACAGAGUGGGGAGAAUGACAGAUGGAGGUUUUACUGGAAAAUGGUGUAUGAGUAUGCAGAUGUGAGUAUGCUGCAUUUGCUAGCCACCUUUCUGGAAAGUGCUCCACAGCUGGUCCUGCAGCUCUGCAUUAUCGUACAGACUCAUAGCUUACAGGCCCUCCAAGGUUUCACAGCGGCAGCCUCCCUCGUGUCUUUGGCUUGGGCCUUGGCCUCCUACCAGAAGGCCCUCCGGGACUCUCGAGACGACAAGAAGCCCAUCAGCUACAUGGCCGUUGUCAUCCAGUUCUGCUGGCACUUCUUUACCAUUGCCGCCAGAGUCAUCACCUUCGCCCUCUUUGCCUCGGUUUUCCAGCUGUACUUUGGGAUCUUCAUCGUCCUCCACUGGUGCAUCAUGACCUUCUGGAUCGUCCACUGUGAGACAGAAUUCUGCAUCACCAAAUGGGAAGAGAUUGUGUUCGACAUGGUGGUGGGGAUCAUCUACAUCUUCAGCUGGUUCAACGUCAAGGAAGGCAGGACACGCUGCAGGCUCUUCAUUUACUAUUUUGUGAUCCUGUUGGAAAAUACAGCCUUGAGUGCCCUCUGGUACCUCUACAAGGCUCCCCAGAUUGCAGAUGCGUUUGCCAUCCCAGCGCUGUGUGUGGUGUUCAGCAGCUUUUUAACUGGCGUCGUUUUUAUGCUGAUGUAUUAUGCCUUCUUUCACCCCAACGGACCCCGAUUCGGGCAGUCACCAAGUUGUGCUUGUGAGGACCCAGUCGCUGCCUUCACUCUGCCUCCAGAAGUGGCCACAAGCACGCUCCGGUCCAUCUCCAACAAUCGCAGUGUCGCCAGCGACCGCGACCAGAAAUUUGCUGAGCGCGAUGGGUGCGUACCUGUCUUUCAGGUGAGGCCCACUGCCCCAUCCACCCCAUCCUCUCGCCCACCACGGAUUGAAGAAUCUGUCAUUAAAAUUGACCUGUUCAGGAAUAGGUACCCAGCGUGGGAGAGACAUGUUUUGGACCGAAGCCUGCGAAAGGCCAUUUUAGCCUUUGAAUGUUCCCCGUCUCCUCCAAGGCUGCAGUACAAAGAUGAUGCCCUUAUUCAGGAGCGGUUGGAGUAUGAAACCACUUUAUAAAAUAGAAGGCCUCGGAGGAGCCACAACCUCCAGGUGAAGGGGUGAGAGCAGGGCCGUGGCAAUAAUGAAACUCUGUCCUAGAGCAGGGUAACGGGCUGUAACGCGCUUCGUCUGACCCUCCAUCAGCUGACUGCCUGCUGCUGGUCUCCUUUCAGAACAGCGGCUGAAGGGAACGAACCGAACCAUGCCAGCUCAGGAGGACUCCUUGUUGCUACCAGCCCCUCCUGCCCACUUUCAGCGUGUCCACCAGAGGGUCCUAUGAGCACGGAAAAGGUUGCCUCCAAUCAAUAGGGUGUUUUGAUGGAGUUAACGGAUCUUUGCAUAAAAAUAUAUUCAGUCACACGCACACACACACGCACA